UAGUCUCAAACGUCCGUGUGGUUAUGCUGGUCAACGAAAUAUUAUUGUAACUGCAUUCGUCAGUUUUUACGCAAAUAGAGUACGUUUAGCAAAUUUUUGUUUGAAACAAGACCGGGUAGUUUAUAAAGGAUUUUAGGUGACAAUGGAACUGUGUGCAUUAAUGCUGCUCCGUACAAUUUUCAUGUUUGGUUUAUCAAGUCAUGUACACGGAUAUUCAGCGGAUGUGGUAAAAAACUUGACGAAAUACUUAUUUGAAACCAAUGCAUAUGACAACACACUUCGUCCAUCGAUAGACCAAUUAUCGGCAACAGAGCUGAAAGUGUCCUUCAAUUUGAUGGGUAUUAACAAGCUAGAUGAACUGGAAGAGAAAUUAGUAAGUACGGCGUUUCUCACAUUGGAAUGGCGGGACGAAUUCCUGACGUGGAAUCAGUCAGAAUUUCGUGCGUACAGGAUGAUGUUACCCCAAACUUCCAUAUGGAAACCGGAUUUGGUUCUAAAAAAUGGAUUCACAGAAUUCAAGGAACUAGGUGGCUCAUUUUAUAACAUCCUGCUAACAUACACUGGAGAUGUAAUCUGGAGACCGUACCAGGUGUUUGAAUCUCAGUGUUCUAUUGACGUGACGUAUUUUCCAUUCGAUACCCAAACUUGCGACAUUGUUUUCACUCUCUGGUCACAUUAUACGGCUCACGUUAAUAUAUCUUCUACAAGUGAUUCAGUGAAACAGGGUCAAUACCAAAAGAAUAGUUUGUGGGAUAUUGUGUCGAGCAAUCAAAAUAUAGAUAAUUCCGGAAGUAACGCUGUCAUCACAUACAGUCUCAAUUUAAAACGAAAGCCUUCACAUUUUGUCGGAAAUAUAGUUCUGCCAAUUGUUUUUCUCGGAAUUCUGAAUAUACUUGUGUUCGUCAUUCCUGCCGAUGCUGGAGAGAAGAUGUCGUACUCUAUUACAGUAGCGCUUGGAUUCAUGGUAUUUCUGACGAUCAUUAGUUCGGCACUUCCUGCAAAUUCGGACACCACUCCGUACCUCACUUCUUACCUACAGAUUCAGAUCAUCAUGGGGGGAUUAGCUCUGAUAGUGUCCUCACUACAGCUUCGCUUACGUCACAAAGAUGAAGAUAACAAAGUCAAUGGGUUUUUUCAAUCAAUCGUAAAAUUGUCACGUUGUAGAUUGAGGAAGAGUAAUAAUAUGAAGACAGAAACUGUGACCCCACUUGAUGAUAUAAAAGAAAAGAAUCUGACACCGGAUGAGGACAAUGGGAAAGUGUCUUGGAAUGACGUCUCCUCUGCGAUAGAUUUUCUGAUGUUUUUUAUCUAUUCCAUGGUUUACAUCAUUAGCACAAUUUGUGUGCUUGUUUUAAUGACUACUGGGAUUUAGUAAGUUAUCUAUAAAGCAACCGUCACAAAUCUUCCAGGCAUGUAUAUAGUGUAACUGUGAAGAAAAUGAAUCGAUGUACAUACUUCGACAUACCACAGAGACUUAUUUUCGCGUAAUUUAGCAAGCAACAAGCAAUGGAUUUUAAAUCACUCGCCUCUAUUUUUGUAAUGUUGAUAUAUAUACAUAUACAUAAAUGCAUAACUUGAUAAAUAGUAUACUUGCGAAUUCAUAUUUUCGUGAUUUGACGUAUGCGGGCCUUAGGUACUUGUGUAAAAUAUAUACGGGAUCUAAACUAUAUAGGCAUUACUAAGACUUGAUUUGGUCCCAUAAAAUAUACAAAUGUCGAGAAGCAAAUGUAUAAUUUUGUAAAAAAAAAAAAAGGAUGUCAAUCCUAAGAUAUAUGAUACAUGCAUUAUAAAUCCAAACCCUUUAUCACAAAAGUGAAAAAGAAAAUCAAUAAUAAUUUUACUACGUGUAACUCUUUUUAAGAACAUGAUGAAGUUGGUUUACAAAAUUACUAAAAUCAAUUUUUUGGAGCAAACAUCUUUGACAUACUGUACAUUGGUUCAUUUCUGUUGUCAAAAUGCAAUAUCUAGAAUCUCAUAGCCGUGUCAAACCUAGGAGGGAAACGUAGGUAGUGAUUGUUCUUUCGCCAAACGUUCACCAUUUACAAGUGAAAGUCAUGUGUCUUUUGGUUAUGACCUUAAGCAAUGACACGUUAAAGAGCUCUCAUUGCUUAAGCUUGAGCACUAACCAUAUGUCUGAAUUUGUUUUACUUCGCCUACAGCUGGUCACGUUUAAUUAUGAGUGAACAAAUUCUCGAAGACACGUAAAACAAACAAACAAAUGUAUAACGAGGCCUCUACUCCACUACUGUUAUGUCUCCGGGAUCCACGAUGAUCUCGAUGCCGCAUCAAAUUUAUGGUAUUUAAUUCUUGUCGUAAAUGUUCUUUCGCAAAUGUAUGUAUUUACUACGUAAAUAAUUGAAUUAUCUGUUUUGGUGUAGACGAUAAUAACACACAUUCAAAUAUUUUGUAUAAUGUCUGUUUACUUAAAUCUACAAAUCGUGAUGUUGUUUUUCCAUGUACUCAUUAUGUUAGAAACAUUUUGAAUGACUCUGGUUUUUGUCAUAUCUGGCGUUAGCGAAAUUUUAAUGCACGUUUAGAAUAAUAUUGUCUAAUCAGUUUAAUGUAAAACUUAUACGGUACCAAUCAAUUUUGAGUUGCAGAGAUUGAAAUAUCUUCAAAUGGAGUAAAUCAAAAUCCGUUUAAAGAAUGCUAAAUAUUUAAAGACUAUUUAGACUUUAUUAAAUAAUAAUGAUGGAAUAACCUUAGAGAAAUUGUGAACACAAAAGUAUCAUUUACCAGUCGAAACUGGAUCUUUAUGAGAAUAUGUUAUGUAAUUUGUGCAAUUCCAAUAUUGGAGACGGAUUCCAUCGCGUUUGAGGCUGUUAGAAACUGAAAGGAAUGAUUUUUGUCGAAUUUAUUUUUUAGGUUAGAGCAAAUGUUAUAAACUAUAAAAAUUGUUUCAAUCAUACAAUGUAAAGUAUUUGAGAAAUUUGAGUUAUUAAUGCAAAAGGUGUGUCCUCCCAAAUGACAUUUACGCAUUGUAUAUUUUGUUUACAUAUAUUGUAUUAUAUACACGCCAUGCCAUGACAAAAAAUGUAAACAAGAAUUGUAGAAUUAUCUAUUCCAUGUAGUUAUUUGUUUAUGAGAAUAAAGAAUACAGCAAA